GCCAGAAGGGCGUUAAACCCAUCACCACAGCAUUCUUAGAGAAAAGAAUAAAGUUCCGCUGGAAUUACCCAUUUGCACUCUCAGUGGUGACCCAGAACGGAACACACACCAUUACAACCCCAGCAGACAUCCCAGGCUUCCAACAGGCCCUGGGCCAACCCCUCACCGAAGUGGAAGAUUGGACAGGUCUAUCAGCUGGUGAUUACACUCAAAUGCAACAAAGACCCAAAUGGCAGAGAACGCUGAGGAAGCACAGAUGGCAGAACCAAAUGGGAGCAGAAACACCCACUACACUCAGAAACACACCAGCGUGA